CAAGCUUUUACAACCCAUUUCAAACUAAAUUUCGCGAGUCCUCUUUCUUCAGCAUGGGUGUGAAGUGGUACCAAAUUCGAGUAACGACGCCGGAAUCUGUCCUUGAAUUUAAAAUCAAGCCGAAUUCUACCGGACGUCAGCUUUUCAACCAGGUAUGCACUACCAUAGGACUGCGCGAGGUGUGGUAUUUCGGCUUACAAUAUACUGACUCGAAAGGAUUGGUCAAAUGGGUGAAAUUAAACAAAAAGAUAUCUUGCAAAUCCAAAGAAGCGCGUUUGGAUUACACCUUUAAAGUGAAGUUUUAUCCUGAGGAAGUUUCGGAAGAGCUAAUUCAGGAAGUGACGCAGCGGUUGUUUUACUUCGAGGUGAAAAGCCAUAUCAUAUCUGGCGAAAUCUACACAUCAGCCGACUGUGCGCUGCUAUUAGCUUCAUUUCAAGCCUUGAUUCGCCAUGGGAAGUAUGACCCGAAAGUCCACACUAGGGGAUACCUGAAUAUCCCUAACUACAUUCCAGAUCAUAUUUUAAAGCAGUACACAUGGACUACCGAGGAAUGGGAAGACAAAAUCGCAAAGUGGCACAGUCAACACGGCGAUAUGUCAAAGCAAGACGCGAUUAUGGAGUACUUGAAGGUUGCUCAAGACUUGGAGAUGUAUGGUGCUGUAUACUUCCCUAUCAAGAACGUCAAGCAGACUCCUCUGUGGCUUGGCGUGGAUUCUCUGGGAAUAAAUAUUUACGAAGCUGAAGAUCGUUUGGCUCCGAAAAUCAGCUUCCCAUGGAAUGAGAUCCGAAAACUGGCUUAUUCCCAUUCCAAAUUCACAGUGAAACCCACAGACACUCAGGGAAAGGUGAGCCCUUCGUGCAUCAUCCGAUACCUUGUCUACUCUGCUCUAAAUCAUUUUUCUAGAGAGUUCUGA